AAUAAUAGCAAACUAGAUAAAUUAACAUUUGUUUUUCUUUACAGAAAAUUCUACUCUUCCUCCAAACAUAGCACAGUUAAAAAAGGUUCUUUUCUCACAUGAUGCCUACCAGAAAUAUUCAUCUGUUUCAGAGCUCUUGAUGUUAAGGCUGACUCUCCUCCAAAACAUCACAUCACUUCUUUGCGAAUAUGAGAGCAUUAGUCUGUUACAGCAAACCUGCCAGCUCCCUGACAUUAAUUUUACAGAGCUGUGUGAACAAAGUGAGUUCCACAAGAAGCUUCUUCACAGUGUAGAAGUAAGUGUUCGUGUGGCGAGCAACCAUAGGAGCAUGUCUGCAGAACUCCUAGAAAUGCUCCUUGGGGAUCCUAAAAAACUCCAGCAACAAAUUGACUGGUUGCAGGAAAAUAUGCUGCAGCUUCAAUAUUUCCAUGCUAUCCCUAAGUAUAUGGCAUCUUUGAAUUCUGUAAUGAAUAUCACUAAGAAUACACCACAUUCCAGAAAACAAGAUAUGCUAAUAGAUCUGUUCAGAAACGUUGAUGACCUCAGGAAUGAGCUCAGAAAUACUGUAGGAAUGUCAACAGAAAGCAUCAAUACUUUGCUGGAAAUGCCCCUUCGAGGAAACAAAACACAGCUGAUCUUUCAGAUACACCAGCUGGAGUCCUGUGACACUGAUGCUGCCAACGUGGAACUGGAAGUCAUAGCCGGGCAGUUCUGCAACCUAUCAGUCAUGGAGAGGACCCACAAAGCAUAUGUUUUGGGAGUCACACUUCUGCAUUACUUGGAUAUCUACAAUGUCAUGUACAAGGUGCUUUUCCCUAAAGAACUGCAAACUUCCUUGGAUCAGGUGUUGGAUCUCCUCAAAGAUUUGAACCACAUCAAGAAACAGGUUGCAUCAGAUGUACACCCACUCUUAGAUGCAAUUCAUACCCUUAAAGAACUGCAGCAGUCAAGAAGUACACCCAUUUCUAAGCUACUGUUUGACCUUGCUGUCCUGUAA